ACGUCGCGGUGCCGGCGAGCAACGCAAGCCGCUCGAUACAACUUGUUAUCCUCUCAUCUCACCCAGAUUGCCAGGACAUUUGGCCACUCGCCGGGGAGAGGCCUCUACCUCCAUGACUCCAAAUGCAAGAUCGCCACCCGAUUUACAUGCCCCUGGUGCAUUGUUUGCAGACUCCAGAACCAAGCAGACACCAAAGCAUUCCAAUCCAGAGAGCAUUCACAAGUGCACGCUGCGGUAGUGCCAUACCGGCAGAGGACUUUGGGUCGUCGAGCGAUGAAGAAGACCGUGGUUCUGUACCCGGGCCUCGGCGUCGGACACCUAACGCCGAUGGUCCAGCUGGCCAACGUGUUCCUGCAGCACGGCGUCGACGUGACCGUGGCGCUCGUCGAGCCGCCCACCAAGGCGCCCGAAUUCUCUGCCGCGGUCGCCCGCGCCGCGGCCUCCAACCCAUCCAUUACCUUCCACUUGCUGCCGCCGCCGCCGCCUGCUCCGGCUAAAUCCAACCCCGACAACGCGUUAACGCACCCCAUCGCGCAGAUGUUCGAGUUCCUCAAGGCCAUGAACGCGCCACUCCGCGACUUCCUCCGCUCGCUGCCCUCCGUCCACGCGCUCGUCCUCGACAUGUUCUGCGCCGAUGCGUUCGACGUCGCGGCCGAGCUCAAGUUGCCCGUCUACACCUUCUACGCGUCGGGCGCCCUCGACCUCGCCGUCUUCCUCAAGCUGCCUAGCAUUCGAGCCAACAUGACCUCGAGUUUCGCGGAGCUCGGCGACUCUAUUCUUUCUUUGCCGGGUGCUCCUCCGUUCAAAGCUUCAGAUUUGCCCUCAGAAUGUUCCAAUGAUAGCGAGGGAGCCAAGGCUAUCCUCCGCGUGUUCGAGCGGAUGCCAGAGGCCAACGGGAUUCUCAUCAACACCUUCGAGUCGCUGGAGACGCGCGCGGUGUGCGCUCUGAGGGACGGUCUGUGCAUCCCCAACCGUGCCACGCCGCCGGUCUACUGCAUCGGGCCGUUGGUCUCGGGAGGCGGAGAAAACGAGCACGAGUGCCUGCGGUGGCUGGACAUGCAGCCAGACAACAGCGUCGUGUUCCUCUCCUUCGGGAGCAUGGGCACAUUCCCCAAGAAGCAGCUGGAGGAGAUCGCCAUUGGCUUGGAGAAGUCAGGGGAGAGGUUUCUGUGGGUCGUGCGUAGCCCGCGCAGCGCUGACCACAAGUUCGGCGAGCCGCUUCCGGAGCCAGACCUCGACGCACUCCUUCCAGACGGGUUCCUGGAGAGGACCAAGGACCGAGGGCUCGUGCUCAAGUCCUGGGCGCCACAAGUGGAUGUGCUACGCCACCGGGCGACCGGCGCGUUCCUGACACACUGCGGAUGGAACUCGACGCUAGAGGGCAUCACGGCGGGGCUGCCGCUGCUGUGCUGGCCGCUGUACGCGGAGCAGAGGCUGAACAAGGUGUUCAUUGUGGAAGAGAUGAAGCUUGGGUUGGAGAUGAGGGGCUACAACGAGGAGGUGGUGACGGCAGAGGAGGUGGAGACGAAGGUCAGGCGGGUGAUGGAGUCCGAGGGCGAGCUGGCGCUAAGGGAGAGGGUGGCGGCGCUGAAAGAUACAGCAGUCGAUGCGCUCAAGGAAGGGGGCUCCUCUUAUGCUGCGUUCGUUGAAUUCUUGAAGGAUCUCGAGAACAUUGCUCAUUCAUGAAGUAGACUUCUCUCGCAUCUUGCACGGUGUAUGCCAAAUUCCUUAAGGAUGUGGAGGCUUCCACAAGCGUAGUUAAUGUUUGAUUUUUUUUCUAGUAUUUGAGUGAUCUACGUACGUUGAAUGUGUAUUGUAUGGAUGUUUGCCUCUAGUGUUGCUGAAAACAGGCAUAGCUGAUGCUUGAUUUUGAUUAGGAUUAGAGUGAUCCACGUACGUUGGAUGUGUAUUGUAUGGAUGCUUGUCUCUAGUGCUCUCUUUUUUUUUCCCCACAA